GUUGUCAAAAUAAAAAUUAUUCACAUUUAAAGAAGCGCAUUUUACAUUAUUAUUAUUGUUUUUUAUUGGUCUUCUUAUUUCACGCAUAAUAUAUUGCCAUACUUUUUCAUAAACACCCAUUUUUUUUUAAAGAGGAACGUAAGUUCAGCAUUGUUAAGGCUUCACUAUGAAUUAUGGCCGUAAGACUCCGUCCACGUACCGUUCCAACCAUUCGGUUUAUUCGCACACAACGGGCAGAUCCUCGACGAAUUUACAUUCAGUCAAAUCGCGCUCUAUGCGCUCAGUGCGUGUACCUUGGUAUCAACGGCCCAUAUUGAAGAACAACCAAUACAUUGAUAUACAGAAAAACUCAAUGCUGAUUGGCAUAUUUGCUAUUUUCCUUGCACUAUUCACCAUUGGUACUUCAAUCUUCGAUAUCUACUGCCUAGCAAUGGCUGCACCAGGCUCAACCCAUUAUGGCUACUAUAUUAUCUCCUACGAAUUUGUUUAUGUCGGCAAUAAGCACGUGCGCAACAUGUUGAUUGUAUUCGCGCUAUUCUCGCUUAUACUGGGAAUAGUUAUUUUGUUUACAAGCAUUUUACUCGUAAUUGCUCUCAGAAAGGAGUAUGAGCGAAAGAUUCUGCCAUGGUUAAAUACGUUUGCUGUGUUUACUAUAUGGCGCUCGUUGGCCUUGAUCUUCUUUGCCAUUGUUAACGAUCUGAUCUUUGCCUAUAAUAUUAUUAUGGUAUUACUAUGGAGCGUCGCUUUGGUAGUUUGUAUAUAUGGCUGGUGUGUGGUGUACUCGUUAUUCCUCGAGCUAACAAAUUUGACGAAACUGGAAGAUUUGGCACAUUUAAGGAUGGGCACAAUGGCUUCAUUACAUGCAUCUGCUGCUAACUCCUUGGCUGGUUCACGUCCAACAACACCACACAGCACCGUGUCUACAAUGCCGGUCGGCUAAAAAUGGGCUUAACGAUAAAAGUACAUAUUAUAGACCUUUUUUUUAAUUUUCUACAAAACAUCUUGACUAUAUCAAAGCAAAUGUAUGCCGUCCAUAUAUUUUAGAAUUAAUCAUACUACAUUUACUUAUGCACUUACAUAGGAGCUUUGAAGCACAUUCCAUAUGUAUUACUCGAAUCUCUGCAUUCCAUAUACAUAAUACUAAUUAUUAUUAAAUUUUUUAUAAGCCAGAAGCUCGAAUUGUUAAGUGUAAUACAACUAUAAUUUAAACACUGUGCCUUAAAAUUUCUACACAUACAUAUCCUUUAUGUACAAUCGAAAGACAAAACAAUGACAACUACUUUUUUUUAUCUAGACAUAAUAAUAAUAGUUUUAACGCAAUUAUUGAAUAAUAAGUUUUAAUUGUUAAAUGAUACACACAAAUUUGUAUAUCUGCAAUAUGUGAAACCGUAUCCCAAAGUAUUGCUGGGAAUUGAUUUUAAAAAUAGAACAGCACAAUUUAAAACUUAUAAAUGUUUGGAAAUUUUAAAUUAUAUAUCUAUUGUGAAAAUAUCAAGAACCUACUUUUUAUACAGUUGUCAUAUUAAUAAAAGUGUUUAUACAAAAAGAAA